AUGGCGACUGAGAAUCUCACCGACAAGAAUCUCGUUUUCAGGAAACUGAAAGCAAAAUCCGAGAACAAGGUAUGCUUCGAUUGUAGUGCGAAGAAUCCAACUUGGGCGUCGGUUACUUACGGCGUCUUUCUCUGCAUCGAUUGCUCAGCUGUUCAUCGUAGUCUCGGUGUUCAUAUUAGCUUCGUAAGGUCGACGAACUUAGAUUCGUGGAGUCCUGAGCAGCUGAGAACGAUGAUGUUCGGUGGAAACAACCGAGCUCAGGUGUUUUUCAAGCAACAUGGAUGGAACAACGGCGGCGGCAAAAUCGACGCUAAGUACACUUCAAGAGCUGCUGAUUUGUAUAGACAAACUCUCGCCAAGGAAGUUGCUAAAGCCAUUGCCGAAGAAACUGGUUUAUCCUCAUCAUCAUCGUCCUCUUCUAAACCAGCGGAAUCAUCAACUGAUAACGGGUUUUCUUCUGAACCUCCAACGAAAGAGAGUUCUUCGAUUAAGCAAGAAGAAAUUAGCGUCUCUUCUUCUUCACCGAAAGUUUCUCAGAAAGUUGUGGCGAGUACGUUCAAGAAACCUCUUGUUCCGAGAAAGACUGGGAAGACUGGUGGUCUUGGUGCUCGUAAGCUUACCACUAAGCCAAAAGAAAACCUUUAUGAGCAGAAGCCUGAAGAACCAGUACCUGUGAUCCCUGCUGCUUCUUCAGCUAACAACAAUACAUCACCAGCUGGAUCGUCGUUUGCCUCUCGAUUUGAGUACUUGGAUGAGGAGCAGUCUGAUGGUAAGCAAGUGCUUAGCCAUGUCGCUCCACCAAAGUCGUCGAAUUUCUUUAAUGAGUAUGGCAUGGACAGUGCUUUCACCAAGAAAUCAAGCUCAAGCUCAUCCAAAGCUCAAGUUGAAGAAACAGAUGAAGCAAGAAAGAAGUUUUCAAACGCAAAAUCUAUUUCCUCUGCCCAAUACUUCGGGAAUCAGAACAGAGAUUCCGAUCUGGACUCAAAAGCUACCCUUGAGAAGUUUUCGGGCUCAACAGCUAUUUCAAGCUCUGAUCUUUUCGGCCACAGAGAAGAUGAUUCUUCCAACACUGCUAGCGAUCUCAUGAGCCAAAUUUCUCUCCAGGCGGAGCGCGAUAUGUCUUCUCUUGUGAACUUAGCGGAAGAAACGAAGAACAAGCUCGGUACAUUGGCCUCUGGUAUUUUCAGUGAUCUUCAGGAUAGAAUGCUAUAA